AUGUUUAUUCUAUUCCUAUGGCACUAUACAUUAUUAGGCGCCUUAGCUCGUCAUGAUUCACCGAUUGUCAUUGAACGACCACAGAAUCGAGUAGAGUUCGAUGAUUUGCUAAUGGAAUAUAAUCAUGACCAAGGACCUGGACCUAACGUAACAGUAGACGUCUAUUUGGCUGUAAACAGUGCACGAUUACUCGACGACAUGUUACGGACAUCAAUUACACUCGAACAAACAUGGACGGAUCCACGUCUGCAAUUCAAGGGAGUGUCAGAAGUGCCGUUACCAUCCAAUGUCCAUCUUUGGCAGCCCGACACAGUGAUCAUAAACGCUUUGAGGAUCGAGCCACGGAUGACAUCUUCGUUUUUGAAUUAUGACGGUACCGUCCGCCGACGGCAGCUGCUCUCUGUCCGAGUGCCAUGCGAAGAAUCAGCCGUACAGGAGGCCAUGGAAUGUCCAAUUGAGCUGAUCAGCUUCAGUAAUCGUGGUGUCGAUGAAAUCAACUACAAUAUCGACCAUAUCGAACUGGAUCGAGUGUCACGAUUCACAAACAGUACCGUAAUCUAUGAUACACUUCAGGACCAUCAUAAUCGGACAUCACAUUUGGCGACAGUCUUACUUUCUAUACAAAAGCCACAUCAUAUUCUUGGAGCCAUAGCUAGCGAAAUGUCUAAAGAUAUAGAAUUGCCUGAGCAUAAAUAA